AUCGUCUGGCGUUUUACAUGCGACCAAUAGUUUUCUUUCCAAAUAUGGAAAGGGAUUCUCUCUUACGAAAUGUCAAGCUUGAACUUGUACUGAUUAAACCCCUUCAUUAUAUUUGGCGGGAAAUCUUUCUUGAUUGCCAGCACACACAUAAAUGAAGACUCGUACUUUCUUUGGCACUGUUUUUGCUAACAAAGGUUUGGAAAUGUAGGGAUAAAAAAAAGAAAACAUGGCAAAGUGCAGCAAGACGACUUCAGACUCCAUAAGCUGUAAAGAGUUGUCUCCCUUGAUAAAAUAUUCUGUACACCACAUAACCAACUGCAUCGAUUACGACUGUUAAUUAAGUACAAUAAAAAAGGAAGUUUUAUUUAAAUUUAGCUACCCUUAAUACCUUAUUAAUUAGAAAUGGCAUCUGGUUACCCUGCCUGGACUCCCCAUAAUCCCAGUCGAUCCAAACCACUGAUGUCAUCUGCAACACGAUACCCAUCAUCUCAGACUACACCAUUGCCUACAUCAUCACUGAUGUCAGCAGCAGCAAGACGAACUGGGUCAGCAUCAUCAGCUACGAGAUCUACCAACAGACCUGGCUCCACCAAUGUGGACGAUAUGGAAGUCAGUGAUGUUCAAACAGUGAGGGACUUUGCCAUGGAUUCAACAGACAUUGAGUCGCAGAUUUAUUUAAGUGUAGUGUGGCAGGCAGGACAGCUUGGCAUGGCGUACUAUGACCUUGAUAAUCUACAGAUCUAUUUGAUGAUGGACACCAUGGAAACAGAUGACUUUAGUCUGCUAAAGAGAGCUCUUCGACAACUCCAACCGGAGAAUAUUAUCACAAGUUCCAAACAAGACGAACGACUUGUAAAGACUCUAAAAGAAGCAGUUUCAGCACUAUUUGAAGACCCCUCUGAUGGUGGUAAACAAUCAGAAGUGUUACAGUUUCUUCCCAGUGUUCAGUUCUCUCUUGAAAUUUCUAAACGACGUAUCUUAUCUCUGAGUUUUCCGUCUAUACCUGACCACUACAAUGACUCAGAGAGAACUCUGUACAUGUCAUCACUGGUGCCAUUUGAAUGUUCAGCUAUGGUGAGAGCAGCAGGAGGGUUAAUCAAGUACCUGGAGAAGAUGAGAGUUGGUAUUGAGUUGGAAGAUUCAGAAACAAGAGUUCCUGUUUUGGGACUGCAGAUCUUUUCUUUAGAUGAUCAAAUGAUUCUGGAUGAUACAGCAUACAGUGCCCUGCAGAUAUUUCACCGAGAGGCUCAUCCCUCUGUGUACAAGGCUGGUUGUUCUAACAGUGCCAAGGAGGGACUCAGUCUGUUUGGAAUUCUUAAUCGUUGUAAAUCACAGCUUGGAAGCAGAAUGCUCAGAUUGUGGUUCCUUCGACCGCUGAAGAAUCAGACGAUAUUGAAACAGCGCCAUGAUGCCAUCAGCUUCUUCACGAAUGCCAACAACAUAGAAGUACUAACUACAUUGUCUGAUUGUGUCAGAUAUAUAAAAAAUGUACCGAGAAUCUUGUCUCGAAUGUCUCAAUCUCAGGCCAGUACUGGUGAUUGGCAAACACUUUACAAGACGGUAUACCAUGCAAUUUGCAUUGGAGACACAUGCAGAGCCCAACCCCAAGGCAUAGACAUCUUCAGGAAGAUUAGCCAAAGUUUUAGUGUUGAUCUGCAUCGCAUUGUGACCCUAAUCACUAAAAUUGUUGACUUCGAUGAAUCUGCCUCUCAGAAUAGAUUUGUGGUGAAGCCAAAUGUUGAUGCAGACUUGGAUAAAAAAAAACGAUUCUACAAUGGCUUACCUGAUUUUAUGUCUAAAGUGGCACGGGAAGAAUUGAACAAGUUGAGUGACGACAUCACUGAAUGUAAUGUCAUUUACCUGCCACAGAUUGGGUACCUUUUGGCAAUUCCUGGAAGUGACAAAACUGAAGAGGACUUUGAUAUUCCUGGGAUGGAGUUCAAGUUUUGUUCGAAUGGAAUGUUGCACUAUAGAAAUGCAAGGACAAGAGAACUUGACAAUCUUUUUGGUGACACACUAUGUGAUAUUACAGACAUGGAAACCAGUAUUAUGCAUCGGCUACAAAACAUAAUUCUGGAACAUUCCAAGGUCAUCCUUGAUGUCAUGGAACAUGUUGCAGAACUGGAUUGUCUGAUAUCUUUGACUACCUGUGCACGGGAAUUCAGUUAUGUCCGCCCGGAGCUGGUGAAAGAUUUUGUGAUAGACAUUCAAGCUGGUCGACAUCCUCUUCAGGAGUUGUGUUGCAGCCCGUAUGUGCCCAAUGACAUCCAGUCAGGUGAUGAUCAUGGCAAAAUCAAAGUGAUGACUGGUCCAAAUGCUUGUGGCAAGAGUUGUUACUUGAAGCAGGUGGGUCUAAUUGUCUACAUGGCACACAUUGGCAGUUUUGUUCCUGCUGAGAAAGCGACUGUUGGUCCUGUGGAUCGAAUCUUUACGCGAAUCAAGUCCCUCGAUAGUGUAUCGGUCGGCUUGUCAACAUUCAUGCUGGAUAUAAACCAGAUGUCAGAAGCAUUGCGCAGUGCUACAAGCCAGUCAUUGGUGGUGGUAGAUGAAUUUGGGAAGGGAACUGAGACGACUGACGGCCUGUCUCUGUUGACUGCGUGUCUCAAGCACUGGCUGGCGCUGGGAGACGAGUGUCCUCACGUGCUGAUUUGUACACAUUUCCACAGCAUCAUUCACCACAGACUGCUCCCAGAUGCAAACCAGCUCAAAUAUCUGACGAUGGACUGCAUGCACAAUGGUGAGGAGCUGGUUUUCCUGUACCAGCUGGUCGAAGGUCACACUGCGUCCAGCUACGCCUUACAUGUCGCCACACAAGCCGGUCUUCCUCAGACCAUUAUUCAGCGAAGCAGUGAGGUGUCUGAGCUGUUACAGCACAGUAAACCAGUUCACAGAGUAGAUUCAGCUAGUGCAGACACCCAGUACAAACGAUGUAAAAUGAUAGUUGAUCGGUUUCUACAACUUGACAUUAAAAAUGAUGAUUUGAUCUCUUUUCUUCAAGACUUUGUGCUCCCAACCAGCAAAGGCCAAAACUGACUGACGCAAUAACUAGAGAUUGUGGAACAUAAACAAUUUGUUUAUUUAUUUAUUUAUUUAUUUAUAUGACUACCUGUUUCUAAAACAGUUGUUGUCUUAAUACUUCUUAAAUGUAUUAUUUACUCAUUCAGUAAACUAUGAAUAAUGAUAGUCUACAAAAUAACUAAUCUGUAAUUUGACAUACCGUUUUGUGCAAAUGUUCUUGUUGGGAAUAAUAUUGUAUAAUGUUGAUAAUAAAGAGUGGUUUUAG